GUGCGGUCAAACUGUAGUCGUCUGCUCACUUGAUGACGUGGCUAACUGAACCAGUCCUUUGACAAGAUUUGUUGAUUUUGCAAAUGCAGACACGUCGACAGGUUAAAAUCUUUUAAAAAGGGACAUUGUCACGGCCAAUAUACAUGAAGUGUUCGUGACAUGAUCUGCGGCUCCAUUUCAUCAUGAGAAUCAUUCAGCUUAGGAAAAAUCGGGUGGUAAAAGUGGUGUUGGGGGCUGCCUGUCUGCUGCCCCUCAUCUACCUCCUGUCAACUUACUCCAAAGACAGUAAAAAGAACGAUGUGAGUCAGGCCCUUGGGCUUGAAAAACCCAAACGGACGCAAAUUACAAAACACACUGAUGGUCUGGGUAAUUUUGAACCUAAAAAUGUCUUGAAGAGGGUAGGGCCAGGAGAGCAUGGAGUUCCUCACAAGCUUCGUGACGAUCAGGAAAAUGACGCAGCCCAAUCUUUAUCAGAAUAUGGCAUGAAUAUUGCUCUUUCCAAUGAAAUUUCCCUGGACAGGGCUAUUCCUGAUACCAGAUUACCUGAAUGUAAACAUUGGGAUUAUCCAGAGGACCUACCUCAAGCCAGUGUCAUAGUCGUCUUCCAUAAUGAAGGGUUUUCUGUUCUGAUGAGAACUGUACAUUCCAUCAUCAACCGAUCUCCACCCCAGUUCUUAAAAGAGAUUUUGCUAGUUGAUGAUUUUAGUGACAAAGAGGACUUGAAAGGGAAGUUGGAUGAUUACAUCACAAAAUUCAAUGGAAAAGUACGUCUUAUUCGCAAUACCCAACGUGAGGGACUGAUUCGAACCAGAUCUCGUGGUGCUCUAGAAGCUCAUGGUGAAGUUAUAGUCUUCCUGGAUGCCCAUUGUGAAGUGAAUACCAACUGGUUGGUCCCUCUGCUCGGUCCAAUCUAUCGUGACAGGACUGUAAUGACGGUACCCAUCAUUGACGGUAUUGAUCACAAGACAUUUGAGUAUCGCCCAGUUUAUCAAGAUGGUCAUCAUUAUCGAGGUAUUUUUGAGUGGGGUAUGCUGUACAAGGAGAAUGAAGUUCCCUCAAAAGAGGCUCGUACCAGGAAGUUUAACAGUGAACCCUACAAGUCUCCAACACAUGCUGGUGGCUUGUUUGCUAUUGACCGUAAAUUUUUCUUAUCGAUUGGUGCUUACGAUUCUGGCCUUUUGGUGUGGGGAGGAGAAAACUUUGAACUCUCCUUUAAAAUCUGGCAGUGUGGAGGUAGCAUUGAAUGGGUACCUUGCUCAAGAGUAGGCCAUGUGUACAGAGGUUUCAUGCCUUAUAACUUUGGAAAACUUGCUGAAAGAAAGAAGGGUCCGCUUAUUACAAUUAACUACAAACGUGUCAUUGAAACUUGGUUUGAUGACAAGUACAAAGAGUACUUCUAUACUCGAGAACCAUUGGCUCGCUAUCUUGAUAUGGGUGAUAUCUCAGAACAGUUGAAGCUCAAGAAAGAUCUCAAGUGCAAAGACUUCUCCUGGUUCAUGGAAAAUGUUGCAUAUGAUGUUCUUGAUAAAUAUCCAGAACUUCCUCCAAACCUUUAUUGGGGAGAGUUGCGGAACCGAGCCACCUCAAAUUGCUUGGACACAAUGGGUCAUGGUCCUCCGAGUAUGAUGGGAACGUCUCAUUGUCAUGGAGGUGGAAAUAAUCAGUUGAUAAGACUUAAUGCUAAAGGCCAACUUGGGGUUGGAGAGAGGUGCAUUGACGCUGAUUCGUCUGGUGUGAAACUAAUAUUCUGCCGAUUGGGAACAGUUGAUGGACCAUGGCAGUAUGAUGAGACAACUCGCUUACUCCUUCAUUCCACACACAAAAAGUGCAUGGCUGUCCAUCCUCAGACUUUGCAACUAAUAUUAGCUCCCUGUGAUCCAAAUGAUAAUUAUCAUCAUUGGAACUUCAAAGAAAUUCAUCCUAAUUGGUAACAGGGUGAACACCUUUCAAAUGUCAGAAACAUAAUUAGUUUUCUGAAGACCAAUUCAUUCCAUUGAAUAACAGCAGAAUUCUUAGAAUGUGGUGUAAAAGCAUUUAUUUCUAUCCACUAUUCUUUGUUCUGAAAUUUAUCAUUGUUUGUAUAUUACAAAAUUAUUUAUGUGACUGAGAUUUAUUAGACUGAUAAGUACAUAAGCAGUACAUAUUGGGCACAGUGCUCUAGUAAAUUUGGUCUGAUGCCUAGACAUUUAACCUUGUGCAGAAAAAUGAAAAAGAACCCAACUGCAACUUCUGUGCAUCAUGUUUUAACCUAAGCCAUUUGUCAGUUCAUUCCUUCCUUGUGGAAGAUAAAAUCAAAGUUUAUAAGAUACACUUAAUUUAUAGUUACAAGAUUUGAGUAAGAUAUUAUAUUUAAUUAUAAGGUGAUUUGGCACAAUUAUGAACACAGAAAUGUUUUUGUUUGACAUUUGUGAGUAGAUGAUAAAUUUUUGAAUUCUUCUGCCAGAACUAAAUUACAAUACGUAAUUUUGAUUUGAAGUGAGUAUGUAUUCUCCGCCUGUAAUGGUUAUCAUCAAAUGAAAAUUGAGUUUUGACCUUGUUUGAUAAUUUGCUUGCAUGUUUUCCAUGUGUCAAACACCCUUGCUGGGGUAAAGAGUAAAUUCUACCAACAGACAUCCUAACUUUGCUGGAUGUUGUGAUAACAAAAAUCAUGAGGGUCAAAUGCUUCCUUCCUUGUUUUGCAAUAUUGUGCUCAUGCUAUCUAGUGGAAAAAGAUUUGCUUUAUGUGAAGGUGAAAUACAGAAUGAAGUAUGGUGUGUGUAUGUACAGUAAACAUUAAUUAUGAGAUCAGGUGCCAAUGAGAAAAUGUUUGAAUGGAUUUCCUUGUGGAGGUCAAUUGUUUCUUAUUUAUCAUACCUCAUGGGAAACUUAUCAAAAUUAUUUUUAUUUUUGAUGUUGACAGCAUAAUAUAUGGUGUGUGUGCAUUUGUGUGCGCAUGUGUGGGUGGCAUUUUUCUUGUGUGAAAGUAUAUCAAAGGUAGUUUCUUAACAGGAAAGCGUGUCAAGGAGUGCUUAUGUGUUUUCUUUCCUUCUUUGUCUGUGAUAAUUCCAGGCAGCGUCAUCUAGAGAACUUGUUAUAUGGCGCUAACUGUUAACAUUUCCCUACUUUAGUUAUGGCAAUGCUACUCCUUUGCUUUCAUUUUUAUUAAUAUUUUCACUAAUGUGAAAUAUAAUUGUUGACAAUUUUAACCUCAUACUUAAGUUUUAAAAGAAAACAAUCCAACUUUUCGAUUUGAGCAAUAAAUAUCAUGCCAUAGGAAAGGGACAGUGCUACCAUUUCUUCUAGUGAAAUUUGUAUUUUCUGCAAACCAGAUAAUUGGGUGUGUGUAUGUUAAUUGUACUUUGAAAUGCAGAUACUUAGCUGUCAUCAACUUGCCAACAAUUGUUGAGAACUGUAUCAAUUUGUGUUUAUUAUUUGCACCAGUAACUGUAUCGGUCGUAUUUGGUCCUGGGUUGUGGAAUCCAUUCAUGAAGUUCAUA